UAUUCCUACAGCGCAAGGGAUAUGGCACCAUCACCUCAUCCAAUUCGAGGCAUACCCACUGCGAGCUUGCCACAUAAAAACUAUGGUGGCCCUCACAUGGUCAUCACCAGUUGACCGCAGUCUGUUCGGUCCAAAUUGCAGGUCAACUGCAUCCAGCACUUCGGUGCGCUCUUCGACACUCAUAUUCUGAGUCAAGGGGGCGAGGGUUCUGCAACACUGGAUUGUGUGCUGUGAGACGAAGCUUGUGUUUGUGUGCAUGCUCUCAGUCAUAACCACAACUGGGUUUUCCACUGCUAGCCACAACAUGGGUUCAUAGCAGAGGUUUUCAUUGGCAGUCAUGAAAAUUAAUUUACACACAAUCCAGUCUCGUGUUGUGUCAAGAUUUAUCACGCUGUAUGUUGGGUUUGUAGAAUCGCAAGGGAGGUCGUUAAGAGUAUGUGGCGGGUGUUGAGAUGAAGCAAGAAAGGUUCAAGCCUUUUACUGUGAUACUCUUCAUUGAAAAGCUAAAUGUAGAGGGAGAAGGAAGAAUCCAGAGAUGGAGAGAAGCAGACGGAAGGGUUGAAAUUUUUCUUACCCAGUAGAACGCUUCUUACGCACUGGAAGAGUCGUCGAUAGCUUCUAUUCUCAGGAAUUAAUUGUCCUGAGCGGAUAGUUGGAAAUUUUCACAAGAGCUCUUGUGGGUUUGACGUGGAAGUGGAUAGUGUGUCAUACAACGCCCAAUUUGUUGUCAGUAGCUUUCCGAAAUCUAGAUAGCCUCUUGGACAUUAAAAUUUCUUCUAAAUGCGACGAUACAGGUGUUCCUUGGCUUGAAUUUGACGGCGUUGUGCGGUGUAGUUCAUAAAAUGUAUUCGUCACCUAUAGAUCACUACUACCCGGGGUCCACGAGCACGUACUCACCCGACGGUAACCCAGCGAGGAUGGCCACCCUCAGCAGCGAAGACGAAGACAAGUAUGUGGUCACCAGCAAGAUCAUGGUGGCUGCUCUCGUGGUUCUCUUCAUCGUCGUUCUCUUCGUAAUUUCCCUACACAUGUAUGCCAAAUGGGUUUGGAGUACCACCUCCGAAGGCCGCCGGGGCAGAGGUCCAGCACCCUACUUCUCGUUCUGGCCAAGGAGGCGUAGCAGCCUCAGCAACGAACAAGUUGUGGCUCAUGGUGACGUACUGGAAAUCAAUAUUGGAGCAGGGCUGGACAAGUCGGCGUUGGAAGCUCUUCCGACAUUCAGGUACAAGAUUGGAAUUGAACACUUGGAAUCGAACCCAACCAGUUUUUUGGAGUGCGCCAUCUGCCUGAGGAAUUUCGAGGAGGAUGACCUGGGCCGCAGCUUGCCCGGGUGUGGCCAUAGCUUUCACCUCGAGUGCAUCGACAUGUGGUUGUACUCGCACUCGACAUGUCCCCUAUGUAGAGCAAUUUUAGAACCCCAGAAGGAAGUAGAGCCACAACCCGUGGAUUCCGCCACGACAGUAAUUCAAGUGUCUCAUUCGGAAUUCGUGGAUACUUCGAGAGGAUUGCGCGGUAGGGAAUCACCUGACCAAAGCGUUUCCACGCAAAGCGUUCGAGGCGACCAGAUGGAUGAGCACACAAGAGCGGAGCAAUUGCCUGAACUCUCGCAAACUGCGCAACCAUUGCAAGGAGUGCAAGAACAUGAAAGAGAUAAAAGAACAGAUUCAAUUCCUUCCAACAUUUUGUUUUGGGGGAACAACACGCAGCAAUUGAACGAGGAUUCCAGAUUCGACGCGGCAGUCAACACGAACUCCGUUCAACCGCCAUUACAAAUUGCAAUUGACAUCGACAGGGCUCGUGCGAUAUAUCAACAUGUCCGUGCGGAGCACCACCCUUCAAGUUCCGAUAUGUCAAAUUCUUCUCCUCCGACACCUUCAUUCUCCGACGUCCUCGCUUCGCCAAUAUCACGCACUGCCGCAAGUUUCCGCCGCCUCCUGAGUCGAGGCGGGCAGCUUCCAUCAUCAACUGCAGCAACAGCAAUAACGGAGCGCGUACAUGAAAAUUCAGCCAGACUUUCUUCAUAGCCAGCAACAUCAGCACAUCAUGCGACUCCCAUCCAAGGUUGUUUCGAGGUUGUUCAAGUAUGAAACCCAUCUCAAUGUUGACUGUACUCGUAUCAAACGUGUACAAUUAUGCCAUAGCCUGUAACCGUAAUUUAGUCAAAAAGAGACCCUUAGACAACCCGCAAGUUAAAAACUACUAAUAACCAGCCUCAAUCACGGCAACAACACAAUUACGGCGCCUAUUUGGUUGGACAAGAUACCUCUGUUGGCAAAACGACUCUUCCGGCGCACACGCAGUGACCUACAUCUUCAUAGCAGUAUUCACUAUGUGUACGAAAUGUAAAUGUGGGACAACCUGGUACACACAUUUUUAUUGUAUCAUAGUACUUCUGAUAAUUCGAUUGAAGUUUUAACUCUCAA